CCUCAGUGCUACAAAGCUUACAUGUGUUUCUCUCUGUGGAUACUACACACUGUACAGAGCUUGAGAGUAAUUUGAAUUAUUUCUUUCCUGUUGUCGAAUGGAGACUUGAGCAGUUUGCUGAAGAAUGCUUUUGGAUAAGUCCACCAGCAUGAGUUUGAUGGACAUCUCUAAGAUCUUUUCUCUUCUUCAACCCAAAGAGGAUGAGGAAGAAGACACAAACUGUUGCCAGGAACUGAAUCAAGCCGUCUUGAAAGAUGACGACAAACUCCUUACUGACCUCCUGUCUCAGGAUAAGUACAGGAAAUGCAUCAACCAUCGCAGUGGCUGGGGCAUCCCGGUUACUCCACUGCGCACUGCUGCGGCUCAGGGUCACCUGCGCUGUCUCGAGGUCCUCCUGGCUCACGGGGCAGAGGUGGACGGCCUAGAUGUCAAAGCUCAGACUCCACUUUUCACGGCCGUCGCUGCCAAACACCUAGACUGUGCUGUUGCUUUAUUAGAAGCUGGUGCAAACCCUAACGGUAGCCUGCAUAACAACUGCUCCCCGGUGCUCACCGCGGCCCGAGAGGGUGACGUGGACAUCCUGAGGGAGCUUCUGCGACACGGAGCUGACGUAGACGUCAAGCCCAAAAUGCCCGACUGGGCCUCGAACGCCACGACAUGCCGAGGACCACUCUACAUUUCAGCUGUUUAUGGCCAUAUGGAUUGCUUCAAACUGUUACUGCAGCACGGAGCGAACCCAGACUACAACUGCACUGAGGAAAAGAUGCUGACCAGGAUCAAACAGCCUAAAACUGUCCUGGAGAUGUGUCUGAGAUACGGCUGUGGGAUAGAAUACAUUCAGCUGCUCAUAGACUUUGGAGCAAAUGUCUUUCUACCCACUAUAAUGGUUGACAAAACAACCAGGCAAAAUGAAGCAGUAAUGCUUCUGCUGAAAGAGAGAGUUUGUCCAAAACCACUGAUGUCUCAGGCGCGACUUGCUUUAUGGAAGUUUCUUCCCACGGAAAACAAAAUGUGCUCCAUAGAUUGUCUGGACAUUCCAAAAAUACUGAAGGACUAUUUGAAUCAUGUAUCCUGAUUUCCCUACAUUUCCCUUCUAAUGUGGAAUACACAGCUUAAAAUUUUACUAAUAUUAUUUUCCCUAUUUGUACAACGUUGUGAUUUGUAAUAUUUGUAAUAUUUUCUGUAUUAAGAAAUCUAAAUAUUAUACAAUGGUUUAUACAGGAAUGUCUUUUUUUUAUCUUUAAUAAUUUAUGAAUAUCUGGUUAAUGCAACAAACGAAAAGAGUUUCAAAUUUGUUUGGUUCUAUUUUUGUUGAUGGAAGACAACAUCAAUUCAUGUGAAAGAUUUUCUGCCCUCUAAUGGUUAAAAUGAUAACUGUCUUGUGGUGACCCUCGACAAGAUGGAUUCUGUUCCAUCGUUUAAUCAACGAGCCAAGGUAUGUAAACUUCUUAAUUAUGGUUUGUUAAAGGCACAGUUCACCCAAAAAUGAAAAUUCAGUCAUUAUUUACUCACCCCAAAGUUGUUUCAAACCUGUAAUGGAAUGGAAUUGGAACCCUGUAUGAAUUUUGGGUGAACUAUCCCUUUGAUGCAGAGCUUCUUCUGACCUCUGCUGCAGGACUGUGGCUCUCCAGGAGAGGAGUUUGACAGAAUUUACACCCCUGGUCUACUCUGCACUGAAGUUUAACGACUUAAAGGAGUAGUUCACUUUUAAAAAAAACUUUUCUUGAAAAUUUACACACUUCAGUCGAAAAGAAA